AUGGCUGAUAUCGAUGUCGACGAAGACGUAAAAGGCAAUGCCUUCACAACCAAGAACUACCGAGACAUCUACCCUGCCAUCGAUCCUACUCGUCCAGAGCUUUCUCAGACAGGCAAGGUGGUGGUGAUCACUGGAGGUAGUCGUGGCCUAGGACGCUUGGCCUUUGCAGCCUCAUUCGCUCGAGCAGGAGCAGGCGUCAUUGUACUCAUUGGUCGCUCUGCAACUGGGCUAGAGGACACCGAGAAGCUCAUCAACGAGAUCAGCCCUGACACGCAGGUCCUUCGCUUCCCACUCGAUAUCACCGACCAGGCUGCCGUGGAAACAGUGUUCAGGGAUAUCGUGGCCCAGGUCGGUGCCCCGCACGUUUUGAUCAACAAUGCGGGCAACCUCGCUCCGCUGCAGCGUACAUUUGACUCGACAUUGGAUUCGUGGUGGGAUUGUCAGGAAAUCAACAUCAAGGGAACGUACAUCGUCACAAAGGCUUUCAUCGGAGCAACCGUAAAUGCAACUGCGCCCAUUAACCCCGCCAAUCCCACAUCCAUCAUCACAGUGACCUCGCUCGCUGCUCAUGGCACCGCACCCGGCAUGGGUGCAUACUCCCUCGCAAAGUUAGCCCUCACUAAGCUUACGGCCUACAUUGGCUCGGAGCAUCCGACUAUUACCUCCGUUAGUCUCGAUCCGGGUGUUGUUCCGACGGAUAUGGCUCGUGCGGUGCCUUAUCUUGCAGAAUUCAUGCUCGAUACUCCGGAGCUGGUGGGAGGUGCUGCAGUGUGGUUGUCGAGCGGUGAUAAGAGGUUUCUUUCGGGACGAUAUGUCUCCGCUAACUGGGAUGUGGAGGAGCUUGAGAGUCGAAAGGAUGAGAUUGUGGAUGGAAAUCAGUUGAAAUUUGGAGUGAAGGGGAACUUUGCUUCAAAUGCGACCGUUGUGAAAUCUACAUGA